CCGCAGUUAUCAGCUGUCUGCCAACGGGGGCGCAUGCGCAGAGCGGUCGGUUAAAAAAAAACAGUAGCACUCCGGUAUUCCCUUUUGAUUUCCUUGAGAAAAUCAAAACAGAAGUACAGUAGUAAAACGGAGAACAGCUAGUAACACUUCGGCGGCUUUUGGAUUUCGGUUUUCAGUUUUCAGUGUUCAGUUUUCAGUUUCGGUUUCGACAGUUCACGAACUUUGAGGUCACGCCGGUUCAAGACGCGCUCUAAUUGCCACCCCGUUUCGAAAACAAUUAAAGUGCUCUCCGAACUUGAUAUGUGUAAAUGAAUAAUGUGCAAAGUAAACAGCAACGCAAAUAAUUUGUUAUAAACAUUCAAAGUAAAUCAGCGAGAACGUUUGUAAACAGUGCGGAAUAUCAAGAGUACACACAUCAUGGAUAGCAGCAAAUUGUUGAAGAAUGUCUUCGGCAUCGACAUUCACUUCGAAGAUCUCGUCUACCAGGUCAACGUACCCAAGAAGCAAGAGAAGAAAUCAGUGCUGAAGGGCAUCACGGGGACGUUCAAGUCGGGCGAACUGACGGCCAUCAUGGGCCCCUCGGGGGCCGGUAAAUCUAGUCUAAUGAACAUCCUCACGGGUCUGACGAAAACCGGGGUCAGCGGGAAGAUUGAGAUCGGAAAGGCACGCAAGCUGUGCGGCUACAUUAUGCAGGACGACCACUUCUUUCCCUACUUCACCGUGGAGGAGACCAUGUUGAUGGCGGCGACACUUAAAAUCUCCAAUAAAUGCGUCAGUCUGAAGGAGAAGCGAACUCUGAUCGACUACAUUCUGAACUCCCUGAAGCUGACGAAGACGCGGCAGACGAAGUGCUCCAACCUGAGUGGCGGCCAGAAGAAGCGGCUGUCCAUCGCUUUGGAGCUGAUAGACAAUCCCGCUGUGUUAUUUUUAGACGAGCCCACAACUGGCCUGGACAGCUCCUCCUCCUUCGACACCAUCCAACUGCUGCGCGGCCUGGCGAACGAGGGGCGCACCAUCGUGUGCACGAUCCACCAGCCGUCGACCAACAUCUACAAUCUGUUCAACCUGGUCUACGUGCUCUCCGCGGGUCAGUGCACCUUCCAGGGAACGCCCCAGAACACGGUCAUGUUCCUCAGCAGCGUGGGCCUGGAGUGCCCGCCCUACCACAACCCGGCCGACUUCCUGCUGGAAUGCGCGAACGGGGACUUUGGAGAUCAGACCGCCACUUUGGCAGAAGCGGCCAAGGACAACCGCUGGCGAUACGAUCAGCAAUUGAUGCAGGGGGAGACCUCCGAGCCGCCCAGUGAAACCCAGGUGGCCAAGUUCAACGAAUCUCAGUCGCCGGGACAGGUGAAGGUGCAGGUCCAGAAGAUCGAGAUCCAGAACAUGGACUCCUCAAAGGAUCUGACCAAGCACACUUAUCCGCCCACGGAAUAUAUGCGUUUGUGGCUGCUCAUCGGUCGCUGUCACCUGCAGUUCUUCAGGGAUUGGACUUUAACCUAUCUAAAACUAGGCAUUCACGUGCUCUGCUCCAUAUUAAUCGGUUUGUUCUUUGGUGAUUCGGGCAGCAAUGCCACUAAGCAAAUAUCCAAUGUCGGCAUGAUCAUGAUCCAUUGCGUAUAUCUCUGGUAUACCACAAUAAUGCCGGGCAUUUUGAGAUAUCCCGCCGAAAUAGAGAUCAUACGAAAGGAGACCUUCAACAACUGGUACAAACUGCGAACCUAUUACCUUGCCACCAUAAUCACUUCAACUCCAGUUCAUAUAAUCUUCUCAACGGUUUAUAUAACUAUAGGCUAUCUGAUGACGGAUCAGCCCGUUGAAAUGGAACGAUUUGUUAAGUAUCUGCUGAGUGCGGUUGUGGUCACCAUUUGUGCGGAUGGACUGGGCGUGUUCCUUGGAACAGUGCUAAAUCCGGUGAAUGGAACCUUUGUAGGCGCAGUUUCCACAUCUUGUAUGCUGAUGUUCUCCGGCUUCCUCAUCUUGUUGAAUCACAUUCCGGCUGCCAUGCGAUUUAUGGCCUACAUAUCGCCACUGCGUUAUGCCCUGGAGAAUAUGGUAAUCUCGUUAUAUGGCAACCAGCGGGGUCAGUUGAUCUGUCCACCCACCGAGUUCUAUUGCCACUUCAAAAAUGCGGUGACUGUUCUGCGACAAUUCGGAAUGGAGAGUGGCGAUUUUGGUCACAACAUCCUUAUGAUCCUGAUCCAAAUAGCCAUCUUUAAAGUUCUGGCCUACUUUACGCUGAAGCACAAGAUCAAGACGAACUGAAUGGGGCUAAGUGUGUGUUGCUUUUAGUAUUCGGCUUAAUUUGAAUCGAAUGUGAUUUUAUGUUACUUAUCGCUUAGUUGCAAGUAAACCCAACUUUUUAUAUCGGCGUGUGAUACUUUAACAAAUGCAACGGACCAUUGCAAUUGCCAAUGCCAACUGUUGCGGCAACCUCUAAGCAUAGCGAAUCAUAGUUUUUAUACUGUUUAUGUAUGGAUAAACUAACAUUUAUAUACGUGUAAUUAAUUGUCUA